AUGGAAUGCGCCAUAGCUAAUGGCCGCAGAAUCAAAAAUCCUCUGGCACAUCUGACCAACGAGGAGGUAAUCAAGGAUGUGCAGGACUUUACGAGGACCAGCGGGAUGGAGGACCUGACGCCCAUGAUAGUGAAGGGAGCACUUGUGGCGAAAGAUCCUCCAGCAUUCGAAACCGUCCCGGGUUUGACCGAGGAUGAAAAGGAAGCCAUCAGAAACGAGGUGUUGCACAAAUGGAGGCAGCCCAAGGCGCUUUACUUCACCAUCAUCCUUUGCUCCAUUGGCGCAGCCGUGCAAGGUUGGGAUCAGACCGGCUCCAACGGUGCCAAUCUUUCGUUCCCAGACGCUCUAGGUAUCCCAAUCUCGGACACGUUGGCUGAUGGAUCGCCAAAUCCCCACGCCUCUCGAAACCAAUGGUACCAAGGACUAGUCAACGCUGGCCCCUACAUUGCUUCCGCUUUCCUUGGCUGCUGGUGCUCUGAUCCCCUAAACAACUUCUUUGGCCGUCGCGGAACAAUCUUCGUUUCCGCCGUUUUCUGUUUCUUAACUCCAAUUGGCAGUGCCGUUGCCCAGACCUGGGAACAAUUGCUGGUCACCCGACUCUUGCUUGGUAUUGGUAUGGGUUGUAAAGGCUCGACUGUUCCCAUCUUCAGCGCCGAAAAUGCCCCGGCCGCUGUGCGAGGAGGCCUGGUCAUGUGUUGGCAAAUGUGGACGGCUUUCGGUAUUUUCUUAGGCACUUGCGCCAACCUUGCCGUGGAAGACACGGGCAAGAUCUCGUGGCGACUUCAAUUUGGGUCUGCCUUCAUUCCGGCUGUGCCCCUUCUGGUCGGAAUCUACUUCUGUCCAGAAUCACCCCGUUGGUAUAUCAAGAAGGGCAUGUAUACCAAGGCGUUCAAGUCUCUCAAGAGACUUCGCAACACUGAACUCCAGGCCGCGCGCGACUUGUAUUACAUCUAUGCUCAACUGCGUAUGGAAGCCGCUUUAGUCAACAAACAAAGCAACUAUAUCACUCGCUUCAUUCAACUGUUCACCAUCCCGAGAGUUCGGCGUGCCACGUUGGCCUCUUUCACUGUCAUGAUCGCCCAGCAGAUGUGCGGAAUAAACAUUAUCGCGUUCUACAGUUCCACUGUCUUCUCCGAGGCUGGAGCCUCCGACACAAACUCGCUCCUGGCCUCUUGGGGCUUUGGUCUGGUGAACUUCGUGUUUGCGUGGCCAGCCAUCUGGACCAUUGACACCUUUGGUCGUCGCUCUCUCCUGCUGUUCACCUUCCCACAGAUGGCUUGGACGUUGCUUGCCGCCGGCUUAUGCUACUUGAUACCGGAAUCGAGCUCGGCUCACUUGGGUUUGGUGGCCUUGUUCAUCUAUCUGUUUGCCGCAUUCUACUCCCCGGGCGAAGGCCCAGUCCCUUUCACGUACUCGGCCGAAGUCUUCCCACUCUCCCAUCGUGAGGUUGGUAUGGCCUGGGCCGUAGCGACAUGCCUGUUCUGGGCCGCCGUGCUUUCCAUCACUUUCCCGCGCAUGCUUGCCGCCAUGACUCCCACGGGAGCGUUCGGAUUCUAUGCCGGCUUGAACAUUUGCGCCUUGGUCAUGAUCUUCCUGUGGCUCCCGGAGACCAAACAGCGCACGCUGGAGGAACUCGAUUAUAUCUUCGCCAUCCCCACUAGAACGUUCAUGAAGCACCAGGUCGGCACCGUCCUGCCAUGGUGGAUCAAGACGACCAUCUUCCGCCGCAAGAUCGGCCCAUGUCCGGCUCUGUGGUCGUUCGACGGCCAUGUCGACAACGACAAGGAGUUUGUCGAGACGAUUCGACGACAAAGCAUGGCCAUGGCCGGUGGACGCCGUCGAAGCAGCAUUGCGGAUAGGAUUGUCAACAGAUUCUGA